AUGGGAAAAAUAAUGUGCCCAAAUGAAGCCUUUGCUAGUAAUAGGAAUGAGUUUAAAAGGGGUGAUACUGAGAAAAGAAAGAUUUUUGUUCAAGAGUGUACCCAGUGCCACACUGUUGAAAAGAGAGGCAAGCACAAGACUGGGCCUAAUCUCCACGGUCUGUUUGGUCGGAAGACAGGUCAAGCAUCUAGAUUCACUUACACAGAUGACAGCAAAAACAAAGGCAUCACCUGGGGAGAGAAGACACUGAUGGAGUAUGUGGAAAAUCCCAAAAAGUACAUCCUUGGAACAAAAAUGAUCUUCACUGGCAUUAAGAAGAUUGGAGAAAGGGCAGAUUUGAUAGCUUAUCUCACAAAAGCUACCAAUGAGUGA